AAAAUGAAGCAUCAAAGUAAUAAUUUUGACCAUAUUAUUCAUUUAAACGUCAUUUGCGAUGUUUGUGACCAGAUGAUUCGUGGGCGUCGUUACAAAUGCUUAAUCUGUCCAGACUUUGAUUUGUGUCAAUCUUGUGAACAAAAGAAUGAACAUUUUGAACAUGCAAUGAUGCGUUUGGUUAAACCGGAUACUUUGAGACCUCACUAUCUCUGUAAAACUCCACCUACGCAGAUUGAAAAAAUGGCUCAAGUUUUCAACAAGGCUUGUUCAAGCUUUGUUUCAGGCUUUCAAUCACCAUCAACAACACCAACAAUUACUACAUCUCGACGUCAGUCAACUCCUGUUACUAUUAAAUUUGAGGCUGAGGCAAAGGGAUUGACUCAAGAUGAAAAGUGGUUUAUUCUGGAGGCGCUAGAUAAUCUUUUGCCACAACAACACGAUGAAAUUUCAAAAAUUCUCGCUGCGGCAAAGGAGAAGGAUGACACAACUCCAACCAAACUUGAUUUGGAUGCUUUAAAGCCUGCUGUGUUGCGCGAAAUUCUUGCCUACAUUCAACGUUGUCUGCCUUAUCCAAAAGGAGCUCGUCGUUUUGGCUCUGUCAAGCCUUCUGUUUGUCAUCGUCAUUCUUUGAGCAAAUAUUCAGCUAAUCACCGUCAUUCUUCUCAAAAUCCAAGUUUGGCUACUAUGGGUGAGGCAACUUCUGACCAUCGUCCAAAUCAUCACCACUCUUGUCCUCGACGUGCUUCCAUCCAAGUACCUGUUUCUAACAUUGAAAACGCUCUCAACGUCGCACAUCAAAAAUAUGCAGCAAAGACAGCAUCUUUAAAAACUUCUGCUUCAACUCUAAGAGCUCAAGUAAUUGACAAUUUAAAUAAGGACCUUGAUGAGACUUAUAAAAAGCAAAAAAGAAUUACUGAAGAAUUUAAAAAAAGUAUUGCUAGACGAAUUGCUAAAGAGCCAAAUACUUUGCCGACUCAGAAUUCUGUUGCUUCUCAAAGCGAAAGUAAUGUUAAACAACUUGAGGAAAAUAAGGAAAAGGAACAAAAUAAGGAAGUUGGAAAUACUACUAUUGCCCAGCAGCAAUCACAGUUGUCUGAUGACCGUGCUGAGUUUUUGAAGCAAAUUGGUGAAACUGUUAAACAGGCUCUUCUUAAUUUUGGAAUUGAGUGUGAGGCAUCUGUUCAAGACAGUCCGCGUAAUAUUCGCGCACAUUUGACUUUUCCAAUACAACCAACUGCUCCUGUCAAUAAUAAUGUUCAAAAUGUUUUGAAUCCAGAAGUCCAUCAAACACCUGCUGGGGUUGUUGAGCGUCAACACUUGCUUACCAAGAAACAAGAAGAAACUAAAAAUCAACAGUUAUCUUAUUCUCAAAGCUUGCAGGUAGCUGCUUUGGCAGCAGUUGAACUUUUAAGGAAGCAAAAACUUGAACGCUUAGAGAAGCAAAAGCUUGAUGCUGCUGGAAAAACUGUUGAGGAGACUGAAAAGGACAGCGAAGAAAUUUUGGAAAUUCAUUGUUCUCAACCAAGUAAUGAUGAUGUUAUGAAGCUCAGCAUGCAUACAGCUAUUGGGAUUGACGAAGAAAACAACUCUGCUUCCAAUAAUGAGGAUAUUAUGAAGAGCAGUGUUCAUACAGCUAUUGGUAUUGAUGAACAAGUUUCUCCUAAAAAUGAAGAUGUUAUGCAGCUUAGCACUCAUACAGCCAUUGGAAUUGAUGAAAAUGAUAAAGAAAUUAAUUCUGAGACAUUAAACGGAAAUGAAGUUUUGGAGGUUGUAGUUAAGCCAAUUCUUCCAGAAAAUGAUGGUCAAAAUGUUUUGAGUCGACAAGAGGAGUUGCUUUCUCCAAUGAGUGUUGUUGAGCCUUCUCUACCACCAAGUCUUGGAACAAGCAACGGAAGUUUAAAGCGUCGUAUGGAUGUUAUGAAGGCUAGCACACAUACAGCUAUAGCUAUUGGUGAUGAAUAUGGUGGUAAAGUUGAUGAUUGUAAUGAAUCUGAUAUGGUUAAUAAUUUGUCUCGUUGUUGCUCAUUUUCUUCUCUUCAUUCUUCCACUUCUGGUUCAAGUUGGAUUGAGGUUGAGGAAGUUGAAGAGCAGACGUCUUCCAAGAAGCUUUCUGAAAAGAUUUGGACACCUAAAUCUUUUUAUGAAAUUGUUUCGGGAAAUGAAGUAAGUCCAGACACAACAUUUACUGCAGAUCAAUUUCAUAGCUGUAACAAUAGUACUGUUGGAGAUCCUGUUGAUUCUACUAAAGAGACUAUGUAA